AACCUUUAGCAAAACAGCGGUUGAUGAUCCAGUGCUUGAAGAUUUUAAUUUAGUUUAUAUCAUAAAUACAUAGUAGACGACUAAGUCUUAUCGAGUAGUUUGUGGAACACAAUUUUAUAUUCUUAUUCAAUGGAAAUAUAAUAUGCAGGAGACGUCACAGCUGAGAUAGUUUAGCAUUAUUACAAUACACAGUCGGUAUUGAAAUUGUGUUUCUGAUACAUGUGCUCAUUAGAUAAAUCCUCGAUAUCUAUGUGAAAAUAAGGGAUGUGUUUUGUAUGAUUGCAACACUGUGAGUUGCUCUAAUUACUGACAAAUGACUGAAACAAUAGGAAUUCGUACGAGAGAUGGAUAGACAAAACAACAGUGAGAUUGAAUUGACAGCAAGCACACCACCAUUAUCUGUCUAACCAAGCUUUACAAUUAAGGCAUGGCAAGUUUUCAUCACUUUAAAUUUGAAAAUUAUGGGAAGAGAAGUAAUAUUGACGUAAAAUUUAGUUUUGAUAAAGAUGAUACUAGUUCAAGUUGUGGCGUGUCGGAAGUAAGAAGAUAUAACAGAACGCGAGAAAACUCUAAUCAACAAAGGCAGUUACCAUCUGGUGGAUAUGAACAAGGAAGAUUUAGGAAUUCUCCAACACAUGAAGAUAGUGAAUCGGACUGUGAGACAGAUAUAGACAGUUCAUAUGUAGAAAAUAAAACGGAUUUCAACGGUUUGCAUGCAUUCAAAGCAGAAACAACCAAAUUUAUGAACAGAUUCUUGUCAUCCAGUAUUGGAAAGAGAAACUACAAAUAUAUGCACAAAAAGCGUGACAGAUAUGAAAGAAAUUAUCAAAAAGAAAUAACAAAAUUUUUCAAGAAAAAUAAGUUUACAAAAACAGUUUCUAAAUCAACACUGAAAGGUCCAGACCAUUUCUUUCUGUAUGGCUUAGGGUCCUACUUUGAUGGAGAACAAUUUAAUUCUCAAGAGCAACUGAGCAGCGAACGUAACCGGUUUAGUACGUUCUUUAACUACACGGGGUAUGGAAACCAUGCAUCAUUGGCAAGGAAUGGUUUUUAUCACGACCAUAAUGAGGGCACAACGUCAACAAAGUGCUUUAGGUGUGCAGUAAGGCAUUCUGCAUGGACACAAAACGAUGACGUACCAUCUAUCCAUAGACGCCUUUCACCAAACUGUACGCUUCUCAACAGGUACAGCCCCGAUGCCGAACAUGAUGCGAGGGAAUCUGUACGAUACAGGACCCACACACCAGAAAGACCAACUGAGCGUAGUUCUACCGCAUCGGGUGUAUCUGAAGCACAGAGAUACAUAAAUCUCGCCAAUAAAAAACACACAAUGAAAUACGGGAACCAAGAACAACAGCCAGUAAAUCUACAAGAAAGCAACCAAGCUUUUGAAAGAUCUGGCCAAAGUAGUGCAAUGACGCAUCUUAACCAAGUGUCAAAUCAAACUUGUAUCACAGAAGAAUCAGGAUACAAUAUGAACUCCGAGUUACCUGUAGCACCGCUCGGAUUAAAUCCGCGGGAAUCUAACACACAAUCAUCUCAAGACAGGCAACUUCAGACAAGAAAUCUUCCAAUCGCAAGUACAAGCGCAGUGCAAGUUAGGUCACCAUUCGACGAGACAGUGAAUAAUCCUAAGCAUCCCGACCAGAGCAGCUUAGAUGCUAGGAUACGUUCGUAUCAAGACUGGCAAGAAUAUCGCACGAAGACGCCAAAGGAGCUUGCAGAGGCUGGAUUCUUCUUUACUGGUAGCGCAGACUUCGUACGUUGCUUCUGUUGCGGUGUUGGUCUAAGUCUAAGAAACUGGGCAGCAGAAGAUGACCCAGUGGAAGAACAUGAAAGAUGGUUUCCACACUGUGAAUAUAUAAGAGCAGUAAAGGAAAAAAGAUAUAUCGCCGAAGCACAAAGACGUACUUCCGAAAAUAUGGCAGGACAACAAGAGCAAUUUGGUGGAAGAGCUGAAAUGAUAACAGAUACUAGAACCCUUGAAGUUGUAGAUGUAAUGCAGGGAAUGGACAUUUCAGCUGAUCAUGCCUGGGAGGCUUUGUUGGCAGUUAGACAACAAACAGGUGAAUAUCAGGUGACACUAGAUCAAGCACUAAACUGGUUUUUGGAUAAUGAAAGAAGUCUAGGACGUGCCAGCACAGCAGAAGAAAUCCCAUCGCAAGCAGUUGCAACAACAUGUUCUCAAUCUUCACUUUCGUCUACAGCUAAAAAUAAAGCAGCCGCUGGUAAAAACCAAGAAGCAGUUUCUGCGGAGGCGGAGAAUCAGAAGUUAAAAGAGUUGACCAGUUGCAAGAUUUGUAUGGAGCAAACUAUGUGUAUUACCUUUUUACCUUGUGGUCAUUUGCUGUGCUGUGAGAGGUGUGCGGUACAGGUAAAACGGUGUCCCACGUGCAGAGAAAAGAUAACGGGCACCGUGAAAACAUUUAUGCCACUGUGAGGAAUAAAGUCUUUGCUUUGCAAAGGAAGCUCAGCUGUGAAGGAGAAGAGCGCCAGACUCCUUCCCAAGAGAUUGUCGGUUCGGAAGCCAUCAGGGAUGGACUUAGAACUCCAACUCUUAAGUCCUGCUUUUGUCCAGGUAGCAACUAUCGAUCAGUUCAUACCCAAUGAUAUGUGAUCGGUGUAAAGCAAACCAGAUGUCUAGUGAGAGUCGGCAGCCGGCAGAUCUGUACUGCAAGCUACGUGCGUGGAGUGGGCGCAGAUAAAAUAGUGUAUGUGUGUGUAUGUAUCGGAACACUGUGAUUGGUUAUUACGAUAUAUCAUAUAUAUUUUAGAGAAUUCGGGAUUUCAUACUGGAACGAGACCAUGUACCUUUCUGUUUUGUUUUUAUGUUAACUAAUAUCUGAUAUGUAAGGGUCAGCGUUAUGUAUGGUUCUGCUUGGUCUCUUUUUAGGGGUUGCUAGUGUUAGAAAAAAAGUUAGAAAAAUACAUGUGCAUGUGUAAACGACUUCUUCUCACGAUGCAUCUUCACAAAACGUAGUCUGUAGCAUUCUUCUGCAGACCUCUCUCAAUCUUUUAUCGCUUGGUCACAUAGCAUGUCCGAUUUUAUUUGCAUGUAAACAUCUGUGCAGGAGUAAAUGGUUCAACCCUGGCACUGCAUUUUAAAUUAUAAAAGACAUGUUACAGUAGAUAAACAGCGUGAGCAUUGCUUUCAAUGCAACAACAGGCAUAUGAUUUGGAAAGGCUAUAGUGAGACUAGCACGAGCUGUUUAGUUCAAAAUUAUUGCUAUAUUUUUAUAACCACGUCAAAGGCCAUAACUCCACUAGAUGUGUAGUAGGAACCUUGCAAUGACUUCUCUCGGGGUUGUUAAAAUGGUUCUGCUUGGCACCUUAUAAGGAAAGCCAGGAUUAAAAAUAGAUAAAAACCUUUGAACCACCACUUCUUCUCAUAACUUCAUAACCUGCUUGUGGAUCUUCACCGGGCUUGGUCUUUAACAAGCAUACUUGCAUGAACCUCUGUCGAGGUUGCUCAGGUGUUUAAUCUUUGACCUCUUUAAAGGGGUCACCAGUGCAUAAAAUAGAAAAAAAAUGUUCUUGUCAUGAUUCGCUUAAUAAAUCUUCAAUAAACUUGGUCUGUAGCAACCAGGGAUGAACCAUUCUCAAUUGUUUGUCAAGUGGUUUUGCUUAACUGCGCCAAAGGGCCAUUGAAGCUUCAAAAGGAAAACCUUUUCUUCUCAUGAGCGGCUUGGUGGGUGUUCGCUUAUCUUAUUUCAAAGCAUCUUCCUCCCAAGUUUUUGAAAUGGUUCCACUGUCAAUCAUAUUUCUAGUUGAGUGUUUUUUUUAUCGGUGUGUAAUGAUAUAUAUUUAAAUUCAGUGUCAAUCUGAAUAUAUCAGUAAGAGUGUCCUGUCGCUUCUGGCUAUUGACAAUAAAUAACAAAUGCUGAUUGAAUGGGAUAAGGCCGUGACUUUCAUUAGCCCACCAUCAUCAGAUUGUGGGCAAUUCAGAUCACUGCGUCCGUGGUCCGUCCGUCCGUCAGUACGUCCGUUAACAAUUUCUCGUUAUCGCAACUCCUCAGAAACUACUGGGGGAUUUUGACCAAACUUUGUCAGAAUGAUGUAUUGGUACCCUAGUUGUGUCUCCUUGAAAAUCAGACUGGUUCAACAAUUUUUGAGUAAGUUAUGGCCCUUUGUUUAUUUUUAUAAUUUACAUCUAUUUAUAUAGGGGAAAACUUUGAAAAAUCUUCUUCUCCAAAACCACAGGGCCUAGGGCUUUGAUAUUUGGUAUGUAGCAUCAUCUAGUAGUCCUCUACCAAGACUGUUCAAAUUAUUUCCCUGGGAUCAAAUAGAUAGUUUAAACAUAUUUUAUUGCCAAUAUAUAAAUAUAUAAACAGAUAACUACUUCAAUUGUACAUAUAAUAGGCAAAAGGGUCGACCCACAAGUUCUCGCAACAUUAGUAACGGGUCUUCCCUAAUGCAAAUAUUUACAUAUUUAAUUUACAAUUUUGGGAUCAAAUAUGGACCCCGUCCUGGGGGUCAAAUGGUUUAUAUAGACUUAUAUAGGAAAACACUUUGAAAAACCUCUUGUCCAAAACCACAGGGCCUAGGGCUUUGAUGUUUUGUAUAUGAUAUCAUCUAGUGGUCCUCUACUAAGAUUGUUCAAAUUAUUCCCCUAGGGUCAAAUAUGGCGCCGCCCUGGGGGUCACAUUGUUUACAUCGACUUAUAUAGGGAAAAACUUUGAAAAUCUUCUUGUCCAACCAAAAAACCUAGGGCUUUGAUAUUUGUAAUGUAGCAUCAUCUAGUGGUUCUCUACAAAGUUUGUUCAAAUUAUCCCCCUAGGGUCAAAUAUUGCCCCGCCCCGGGGUCACAUGGUUCAUAUAGACUUAUAUAGGGAAAAACUUCUAGAAUCUUCAUGUCCAUAACCUACAUCAUUCAAAUUUGGACCACAUGUAUAGUUUUGAGUGGCAAGAUGAACCUUGACAUGAGUUGACCUUGAUCUUGACCUAGUGACCUACUUUCACUUUUCUGUAGCUACAACCUUCAGAUUUGGACCACAUGCAUAGGUUUGUGUACCGAAACAAACUUUGACAUUGACCUAGUGACCUACUUUCACAUUUUUGAAGGUACAGGCUUCAAAUUUGGACCACAUGCAUAGUUUUGUGUUCCGAAUUGAAAUUUGACCUUGAUUUUGACCUAGUGACCUAUUUCACAUUUCUCAAGCUAUAGCCUUCAAAUUUGGACCACAUGCAUAGUUUGUGUACCGAAAUGAACUUUGAUCUUGAGAUUUACCUAGUGACCUACUUUCACAUUUCUGAAGCUCUUUCACAUUUCUGUAGCUACAGCCUUCAAAUUUGGACCACAUGCAUAGGUUUGUGUACCGAAACAAACUUCGACCUUGACAUUGACCUAGUGACCUACUUUCACAUUUUUGAAGGUACAGGCUUCAAAUUUGGACCACAUGCAUAGUUUUGUGUUCCGAAAUGAAAUUUGACUUUGAUUUUGACCUAGUGACCUAUUUCACAUUUCUGAAGCUAUAGCCUUCAAAUUUGGACCACAUGCAUAGUUUUGUGUACAGAAAUGAACUUUGAUCUUGAGAUUGACCUAGUGACCUACUUUCACAUUUCUGAAGCUACAAGCUUCAAAUUUUGACCACAUGCAUAUUUUUGUGUUCUGAAUUGAAAUAUGUCAUUAAUUUUUACUUAGUAACUGCUGUCACAUUUUUCAAGCUACAGCCUCCAGAUUUGAAGCACAUGCAUAGUUCUGUCUACCAAAAUCGAACUUUGACCUUGAAAUUGAUCUAAUGACCUACUUUCACAUUUCUCAAGCCACAGCUUUCAAAUUUGGACCACAUGCAUAGUUUUGUGUUCCGGAAUAAAAUGUGCCGUUGAUUUUGACCUAGUGACCUACUUUAAUAUUUCCCAAGCUACAGCCUUCCAAUUUGGACCACAUACAUAGUUUUGUGUACCGAAAUGAACUUUGAUCUUGAGACUGACCUAGUGACCUACUUUCACAUUUCUGAAGCUACAGGCUUCAAAUUUGGACGACAUGCAUAUUUUUGUGUUCUGAAUUGUAAUUUGACAUUGAUAUUUACCUAGUACCUACUUUCACAUUUCUCAAGCUGCAGCCUCCAAAUUUGAAGCACAUGCAUAGUUCUGUCUACCGAAAUGAACUUUGACCUUGAAAUUGAUCUAAUGACCUACUUUCACAUUUUUCAAGCCACGGCUUUCAAAUUUGGACUACAUGCACAGUGUUGUGUACCGAAAUGAAAUUUGACCUUGAUUUUGACCUUGAACUGGUCUUGAAAGUUUGAACAUUAAAAAAUGGCUCAAUGGUAGGCACCAAGAUCACUCUGUGAUCUCUUGUUAUUAUAAUGCCAUUACAGAAAAUUAAAUAAAUAUCUUGGCAUAUUGUAUGAAAUAGAAGUAUCAUGAAAUGAAGCAUGAAAGGAUAGAUUUCUAGCCAAAAUGCAUAGAAACGAAGUAGACAACGCUAUGAUGCUGAAGAUCUAAAUAUGAUAAGCACAGAUGCACUAGACAAUGCAAGGAGAAUGCAUUGUGCUAGGCAAGUCCAGCUACCGAAAAUCCGAGGCCGAGAUGCUCAACGAAUUCUCUACAUAAUGAUAAUAUAUUCAAAGGAAACAAAAAUAUGAAUCCAACGCCAGUCCAAGAGAAUACAUUAUUAUAACACUGAAAUUGUGUCUGCAAAAUUAACAUUUGUAUUUGAUGCAUUAAUACAUUUUUUAUCUUUCAUUGUAUUAUUUGUAUAAUGGACUCGGCGUUUAAGUUUGGAUCGGGCAACUUGUGACACGCAAUGAUUAACCAUCCAAGCAAAUAACUGCACUAACAUGCACACU